AUGGCAGUGUUCAGAAUACGAAGGAUGCGGUGUCUUUGCGUGUGGUCGAUCUGCAUCUUCGUGUUCGUGGUGUGCGCGCAAAGCGCCGCUGUUAACGACCCUAGCAAUAUGUCUGUGGUUAAAGAAACGGUGGAUAGGCUGUUGAAAGGUUAUGACAUACGAUUGAGGCCAGAUUUCGGAGGUGCUCCGGUCGGAGUGGGGAUGAAUAUAGACAUAGCCAGUAUAGACAUGGUGUCAGAAGUAAAUAUGGACUACACUUUGACGAUGUACUUCCAGCAGGCCUGGCGAGACAAGCGGCUGUCCUACUCUGAGAUCCCCCUCAAUCUGACCCUAGAUAACCGGGUGGCCGACCAGCUCUGGGUCCCCGACACCUACUUCCUCAACGACAAGAAAUCGUUUGUCCACGGCGUCACGGUGAAGAACAGAAUGAUCCGGCUGCACCCGGACGGCACCGUGCUGUACGGCCUGAGGAUCACGACCACUGCUGCUUGUAUGAUGGACCUGAGAAGAUAUCCACUGGAUGAGCAGAACUGCACGCUUGAGAUCGAGAGUUAUGGUUACACAACAGAUGACAUCGAGUUCUACUGGCGAGGAGGACACAACGCCGUGACGGGGGUGGACAAGAUUGAGCUCCCCCAGUUCUCCAUCGUGGAUCAUAACCUCAUCUCCAAGAACGUCGUCUUCUCCACGGGUGCCUACCCUCGUCUGUCCCUGAGUUUCAAGCUGAAGAGAAACAUUGGCUACUUCAUCCUGCAGACAUACAUGCCCUCUAUCCUGAUCACCAUCCUCUCCUGGGUCUCCUUCUGGAUCAACUAUGAUGCCUCUGCUGCCAGGGUGGCUCUAGGUAUUACCACGGUGCUCACCAUGACUACCAUUAACACCCAUCUGAGAGAGACCCUGCCCAAAAUCCCCUACGUGAAGGCCAUAGACAUGUACCUCAUGGGCUGCUUCGUCUUCGUCUUCAUGGCCCUGCUGGAGUACGCGCUGGUGAACUACAUCUUCUUUGGACGAGGGCCUCAGCGACAGAAGAGGGCGGCGGAGAAGUUGACCUUAGCAAACAACGAAAAGAUGAGGAUGGAUCCAAACAGGUGGCUGGUGGGGAACGUGGUCGGCCGAGACGAUACCCUCUACGCAAGAAUGAAACAGAGGGAACUCGAUGGUCAUGACUCAAUGUGGGAGCCCAUCUUCGUGGAUGACGCAGCAAUGGGACUGGGGGAUCAGAGGAAUAAGGCACUAGAUGCUAAAACUAAUAUAAUGAUUCUGUGCUGUUUUUUUGGUUUCUUUAAACAGAUGGACUCACAUGAAAACAUCCUUCUGGGAACCUUGGACAUCAAGAACGACAUGGGCGUUUCAGAGCUGGCUCUCGGCCUCAACGAUCCACGGAAUACCAUGCUGACGUACGACAGCUCAACUUUACAGUACCGCAAAGCAGGGCUGGCCAGGCACAACUUUGGCCGCAAUACCCUGGAGCGCCACAUGACUCAGAAGAAGAGCCGACUACGGAGGCGCGCCUCACAGCUCAAGAUCAACAUUCCAGACUUGACAGACGUAAACUCUAUCGACAAAUGGUCGAGGAUCAUCUUUCCAACCGUCUUUUCCUUCUUCAACAUUGUCUAUUGGCUUUACUACGUCAAUUAA